CAAAAUGGCGGCAAUCUUAUGCGUAAAACUGGUGGUACACAAUUUCGGGAUGAAACAAGAGUGACACGUUAUUGUCAAGAACAGCGCUGGCGUGUGUGAAAAAAAGAAGCAUAUCUGGUGUGUCUUCGGAAAAUGUCAGCAGCUUAUUCUGGUUUGUCAAAGACAUCAAGCCCUCCUAAAAAGAGACCCAAACUAUCUUUGAAAUCGAAGCGUAAAAAUUCCACUAUGCCUGCACAACAGAAAUUAACCCCAUUAUUCAACAAACAACAGCCAAAUGGGGCUAUUUCUAAGGAAAAUAUUGAUUCUAGGUCUGAUGAUGAAAGUAAAAUUCUAAACACUGAUGAAAAUAAAGAAGAGAGCAAGGAAUAUGUGCCACCAUAUACUGGUCUGUAUAACCUUGGUAAUACAUGUUAUCUCAAUAGUGUUAUACAGGCACUUCGCUACUGCCCAGAAUUCAAUGAAGGAAUACUGGAGAUGGGUGGAGAUAUUGACAAGUACUACUCCAAACAAGAUGAAAAUGAUAAAUCGGAGACAAACGGCAAAGAUUCUCAACUCCCAGCUCAUUUUCAUUUGGUCAAGAAAACUAAAGAGUUACUGGAGCAUAUGCUGAAGAGUGAGAAAGGUUAUGUCGCAAAACCGACAGUUGACACUGAUUUAGCGGUCAAACCUCAGCAACUGUUGGAAACAUUAAGGGAUUUGAAUCCAAUGUUUCAAGGGUACAUGCAACAUGAUGCGCAAGAGUUACUAAGGUGUCUUCUGAGUCAUGUACAAGAUGCUAGUCAAGAAUUGCGGAAAAUAGAGAAAGAAUCAAGGAAGGCUAAACUGCAGCAGCAGGCAAAUGGUCAUAACGGCAAUAGGCUGGAAACUGUCAAUGAAGACGGUAGUCUGUGUGAAAAACUUAAAAUAGAACAGAACGGAUAUACAAACGGAAAUGGGUCAGCAUCUUCGUGCAGUACCUCUGUCAAUGGGGAAGUGAAAACACACAAAAAAAGCAAGAAGAAGCGGAAUAAAUCUAAGUCACCGAAAAAAGAAAAGGAUAAUUCUGUCAACAUGGACUCUAUAUCCUAUAGUAGUAGUUUAGAGUCGCCGACAAAUACUAUGAAAUCAACAAAGAAAAAGAAACGUCUUGGCCUUGGGAGAAUUAGACAGGCUUUCUUUGGGAAGUCUAAGAGUAAAAAUAAGGACGGUCUGCAGAAUGGAGACAUUGCUAAUGGUGAGGGAAGCCUUUCACCAAAUGGAAGACUAGUCAGGGAAGCUGAGUGCCAGACGGCAGAUGAUGAUGAUGACGACGACGAUGAUGUCCCUGCUGAUAAAAUGGAAGAUGUCUCCAUUAAUGAUGUUGGUAAAAUUUACUCCAAUAAACUGAGAUCUCGUAGCAGUAGUACGUCUUUAUCAGAGAUCGAUUCUGUGGUCUCCAUGGACACUGUUAGAACAAUUGAAUCUGACUGUAUGGAACUUGGGGGUUCUGAAACAGAAAUUGAUUACAAGGUACAAGUUGUGGACAUAGUAGAUAAACUGUUUCAAGGUUCCCUUGUGAUGCGCACACGUUGCUUGGAAUGUGAAUGUUCCACUGAAAGACGAGAAGUGUUCCAAGAUGUCAGCGUACCAGUCCAGAGUGACAACGGCAAUAAUGAUGAAGAUGAUGAUGGAGGUUCUCCAAGACCACCCAAUCUUUCACUCAGUUGGGCCAUAUCUGAGUUUGCAUGUAAAGAACGCUUAACUGGAAAUAACAAGUAUUACUGUGAAACAUGUAUCAGGCAUACCGAAGCAGAGAGAACUCUACAUUUUGAAAAGCUACCUCAGGUCUUUACUGUUCAUUUGAAGAGGUUUACUGCUACAGUAAAUGGAUAUUAUCAAACGGGUACAGUCUCCAAGGUAAACAACCCGAUAGCAACGCCGACAGAACUCAGCUUGGAACAGUGGUGUACUGUCAAUUGUGAGGACAGUCAAUGCAAGUAUCAAUUAUUUGCAGUCGUCAUGCACAGUGGGGUAUCUAGUUCCAGCGGACAUUACAUAACAUAUAUCAAACAUUCUGCUAAGGAUGUGUCAACGAGAGCUGAUCAUAGGUCAAAUGGUGUUAACGGAGAUCUCAAAGAGGUGAUGACGAAUGGCGCGACUGUGCAGGAAAUAUGGUACCAGUUUGACGAUGAGAAAGUCAUUGAAAUGUCCGAUGAGGAAUUUGAACAACAAAUGUCGCCGGCCACCACCUCCACUUGUACGCCAUAUUUGUUGUUUUACAAAAAAAUUGGGUACUAACUUGAAACAUUACAAUAGAGUACAAGAAAUCAGCUAUGCAAUUCUAAAUAGGUAUGAGGCUUGUCGGGAUGAACUUCACUGCCCAGUGAAAUGUACAUGCAGGGUGAUAUCAAUGACUAUCUAUCCCAGAAUGCAGUAUUCAAUAUGGCAACUAUGUAAAUAUGUAUAUAAAGAAAAUUGUGAUAGAGGGCGCAAUUUAUAAAACAUUUGUUGAAUAUUGCAUACAGUAUUGUUAUAAUGCAAUUUAUUAAUCUUUAUGGGGGUGUUGAUAUAAUAAUUGAGUUCACAAUAGUGUAUUAUUGUUUACACAAUUUGAGAACUAACAAUUUUCUGAGGCAUGAUGAAUAUUACCAAACUAGGUAGUGAUUGGUGAUAAAUCAGUGACA